UAGAAAAAACCAUAUAAUGGAAAAACUUAAUCAGAAGCAUAACAUAAACAGAUAAUUAAAAAGUGUUCAAAGUUCAUAUUUGUGAUACAAUUUAUUGAAUAUUGUUAUUUAUAUAAAUUUAAAUUUCCACAAAUACAUAAUUGAGCAUGUGGUUUAAAUGAUAAUUGCAAUAGCUGAUUAUACAACGACGUUAAAAUAAAAAGUCCAAGAAAUGUGGGAACAAGUAGAAGUAGAUCUGUGAUUGUAAAGUUAAAUAAACUCAGUGUGCGAUAACGUUGGGUAUUUAGUAAUUCACUGGAUAGACUCUAAGUUUGAUACUAAUUUUAGCAGCAUCAUGAUGCUCGAUGAUAUAAUUUAUGUUGGUUUACUUAUUGGUCUCAUAGGAUUUGGUAAUUAUUUUCGUUAUAUUAAAAAUCCAGUGAGUAAACAAUGGAUAAGUUCUGGAGUUGGAUUUUUUGUAUCACUUAUUGUUUCUGGAUGGGAUAUUCUUCAUCCAAUUAUUAUGACCAUAAUAUGUGCGGCGAUUAUUUCACAAUUGUCUCCUAGGAUUAGACAUACGACUUCUUUUUUCUUUUCGUUCUUUUAUCUACUGAUAAUAUCCAGAUUAACUGAAUGGUAUGGACUACCAGAAAUUUCAACACACACUAAUUUAAUAUUAAUGUUGAUGACGUUGAAAUACGGUGCUAUGGGUUUUGAAUUAAAUUCAGUAUUAGAGGAAUUGAAAACUAACCCAGAUAUUCAAUGUUACAAAGCCAUGAAAAAUAUUAGUUUUCUAGAUGUUGUACACUAUGGUUGGAGUUAUAUGGGUAUUUUAACAGGACCUUUCUACAGGUAUAGAACGUACUGGGAUUGUAUUAAUAGAAAGUUUUCAGAUUAUAUUGAGUGUUGGGAGCCAACUCUUUACAAAUUAAAAUUGAUAGGUGUGUCUACAGUCAUUUUUUUGUUAACCAAUCACAUAUAUCCAAAUUACUAUGUACUGACUGAGGAAUUCCAAGAAAGACCAUUUUGGUACCGAUUGUGGUACAUUUACCCAUCGUUUUUAAUUUUCCGCACAAGAUUGUACAUAGGGAUGAUGUUUUCCGAGUGCGUUUGUCAAAUGGCUGGUUUAGGAGUGUACCCUGUCAGCUCAGAACCUCGAUCUGGUCUCGGACCCAAGGACUACAAAGCAGCUGAGCAAAUCGCUUUAAAUCCAGAGAAAAUAAAGGAAGAGAAAAUGGACUUUGAGACUGUAUACAACAUUGAUUUGUGGGGAGUUGAAAAAAGUUACUUAGUGAGAACGGCAAUGAAACGGUGGAAUAUUACCGUUCAAUACUGGAUGGCUAAUUAUGUAUACAAAGUAUUUCCGUGGAAAAAUUUACGAGCGGCUGCGACAUUCUUCGUUUCAACAAUUUGGCAUGGAUACGCCUUUGGAUAUUUCGUUGGAAUAUUUUCCGUUGUUUUAUUCCUUCCAAUCGAAGAUACUUAUGUUAAAUUUUAUACUCAGAGCAAGGAAAACAGUUUAGCAAGAAAAGGAUGGUGGUGUUUUCUAUGGUUCUUGAGGUUCAAUUGCAUGGCUUACCUCUCAUUCGGCUUUCAAUUACUUAAUUUUGGUAGCAUAUAUAUUUAUUACAAGAGUGUCUACUUUGUUGGACAUAUACUAGCUGUGUUAUUGUACAUUAUUGGACGCACAUUAAAGCCUUACCUGAUUACCAAAACAGAAAGUCAAAAGCUAUAAUUAACAUAGCGUUGAAUAAUGUUUAUUGCCUUAAUGAUUAAUUACAUUUUUAAUUGAGGACGUGAAUCUGUUGAAUAAUAAUUUCAACGUGGAGUCUUUUUUUUUUUUUUUUUUU